CGAAGACUCCGGAUUUGUUAAAGGGACCGCACCGGGAGAAAUGUGGGGUCGGGAAUUGGGGUGAAAAAAGCGUAUUUUCAGCAAAUUCUCUCCCGCCAUGAUCUCCCAGCUCUUCAUCCUGUCCUCCAAGGGCGACCGCCUGGUGUACAGGAACUUCCGCGGGGACGGCGGCGAUGACGUCACGGACGCUUUUUACCGCGCUGUCACCUCCCUGCCCGGGGACCGAGCGCCCGUCUUCAUGGCACGGGAGGGACGGCACUUCGUCCACGUGAGGCACGGGGGGCUCUACGUGGGGGUCACCACCACAGCCGACACUUCGCCCUUCGUCCUCGUGGAGUUCCUGAACAGGUUGGUGACGCUGCUGCGGGAGCACUGCGGGACUCUGAGCGAGAAGAGCGUCAGCGUCAACGUGGCCCUCGUGCACGAACUGCUGGGAGAGAUGGUGGACUUCGGAUACAUUCAGACCACCGCCACCGAAGUGCUGCGCAGCGCGACCCACGGAGAACCCGAGACCACCAAAGCCUUCAGCCUGCUGGACCUCCGCUCCGUGGGGCUGUUCGGCGCUGAGACGCAGCAGAGCAAAGUGGCGCCCGGCUCCAUCACCAACCGCCCGGUGCUGCCCCCCAGGGGCGAGCAGCCCGCUCGCAGUGAGCUCUUCGUGGACGUCGUGGAGCGCCUGACGGUCGUCAUUGCUGCCAAUGGGACGCCCCUGAAGGUGGACGUGCAGGGGGAGAUCCGGCUGAAGAGCUUCGUGCCUGGGGGCUGCGAGCUGCGCAUGGGGCUGACGGAGGAGCUGAGUGUGGGGACGGAGGAGCAGCGCGGCUAUGGCCGCCUCCCCCUGGCUGCUGUCGCCUUCCACAGCUCCGUGGACCUGGAGGAGUUUGAGCAGGAGCGAGUCCUGCGGGUGACCCCUGGCCCGGGGGAGGUGACCCUGAUGCGCUACCAGCUGGCUGAGGACGUUCCUGUGCCGCUGCCCUUCCGCCUCCUGCCCAGCGUGGAGUGGGACCCGGCGGGGAGGCUCCGCAUUCACCUGAAGCUGCGCUGCGAUCUGCCCCCAAAACAGGGUGACCCCACACUGUGCCCCCCCUCACCCCCCUCCAGCCACGCCAUCAAUGUUGUGCUGCAGCUGCCGCUGCCCCGGGAAGCGAGCAGCCUGGCACAGGAGCUGAGCAGCCCCGAGCAGACGGCAGAGCUGCAGGGGGGGGGACGCUGCCUGCGCUGGGCCAUCCCACGGUGCCAGGGGGGGGCACAGCUGGGCGCUGUGUUCAGGGUUCAGCUGCCCCCCACCCCCCCGCUGGGGCUGGGCCCGGCCGCUCUCACCUUUGAGCUCCCGGCUCUGACGGUGUCAGGUUUGCGGCUGCGCUGCCUUCGCCUCUCCGCCCCCCCCGGCGCCCCCCCGGCCCCCCCCCAGCGCUGGGUUCGCCAUUUGACCCACAGCGACUCCUACGUGGUCCGGCUGUGAGCUCGGCCGAAGCGCAGGGCGCUUUUGGGGUGAAUACAGGAAACUGUGGAGCCUCUGCGAGUUCAGGGGGUGAAGUCGUUGUUGUUUUUUUUUCACGGGG